AUGCGUCUUCAGGUCCAAAUUGGUGUUGAAUGCGUUGUUGUUCCGUGCGAUGCUGAUGAAACAAUUCAUGAGGUCGCUCAACGUUCACUGGGAAAACUUCGUCGUCUUCGACCAACACUACCAAUUGCCGAUGACUAUUUUGAAAUUCGGAGAACAAUCGGAAAUUCGCUUCUCGACCCUGAAGACAAGGUUGCCGAUGUUCUCAAGGAUGGAGAUUUCAUAAUCGUUGCCGCUAAUCGUGAAGAAACCGAAGAAGCCAAAGAUGAGAAACGUAAAGAAGAAAUUGAGAAUGCGAAAAACGAAAUCGAAAAAAUGGACAGCCGCCGGAGAAAGGUAUCAUUUGCCGCUGAUCAACUGACUCCUAUGGCUCUUCCUCCUCCAAACAAGCUUCUGAUUCUCGAUGGAAACAGUUUGAAACCCGAAGACCUUGUUCGAUGCGAAAAGGGAGAAUGUGCAAUACAGCUUUCAAUGGAAUCUGAAGAUAAGAUUAACAAAGGGAGAAAGUUCUUAGAAAAGAUUGCAUCGGAGCAUCGCGCUGUCUAUGGUGUUACAACUGGAUUUGGAACAUUUUCAAAUGUACUCAUUCCAAAGGAGAAAGUCAAGCAACUUCAACUAAAUUUGAUUCGAUCUCAUGCCACUGGGUAUGGUGAACCACUUCCACCAAACCGCGCUCGGAUGCUCUUAGCUCUUCGUAUCAAUAUCCUUGCUAAAGGUCACAGUGGAAUCUCGUUAAAGAAUAUAAAGAAAAUGAUUGCGGCAUUCAAUGCUUUCUGCGUUUCGUAUGUUCCACAACAAGGAACUGUUGGUUGUUCUGGAGAUUUGUGCCCAUUGGCUCAUUUAGCUCUGGGACUUCUAGGAGAAGGAAAGAUGUGGAGUCCAAGCACCGGUUGGCAACCAGCUGAUCUCGUUUUGAAGAAUAAUAAUUUGGAGCCAUUGGAACUGGGAGAGAAAGAGGGAUUGGCUCUCAUCAAUGGAACUCAAAUGGUUACAGCACUUGGAGCUUUCACUCUUGAACGAGCUCAUAAUAUUGCUCGCCAAGCUGAUGUCAUCGCUGCUCUUUCUUUAGACGUGUUGAAAGGAACAACAAGAGCUUACGAUCCCGAUAUUCAUCGCAUCAGACCACACCCUGGUCAAAAUUUAUCUGCACUCCGUCUUCGUUCUCUUCUUCACUCCGAAGCCAAUCCGUCUCAAAUUGCGGAGUCUCAUCGCAAUUGCCGAAAAGUUCAAGACGCUUACACUUUGAGAUGUGUUCCUCAAGUACAUGGAAUUGUUCACGAUACCAUCGCGUUUGUUCGUGAAAUUAUCACAACUGAGAUGAAUUCAGCGACUGAUAACCCGCUAGUUUUCGCGGAGCGUGAAGAAAUCAUUAGUGGCGGUAACUUUCACGGAGAAUAUCCAGCGAAGGCUCUUGAUUAUCUUGCAAUCGCCGUUGCCGAACUUGCCCAAAUGAGCGAGAGACGUUUGGAAAGACUCGUUAACACUGAGCUCAGCGGUCUUCCAACAUUCUUGACUCCGGACGGUGGAUUGAAUUCGGGAUUCAUGACCGUUCAGCUUUGCGCUGCUAGUCUUGUGUCCGAGAACAAAGUAUUGUGCCAUCCAUCAUCUGUUGACAGCAUUCCAACUAGUUGUAAUCAAGAGGACCAUGUGAGCAUGGGUGGUUUUGCUGCCCGAAAAGCUUUGACUGUGGUUGAGCAUGUUGAAGCUGUUCUUGCAAUGGAGUUGUUGGCUGCUUGCCAGGGCAUUGAAUUUUUAAAGCCGCUAAUGUCCACAGCUCCACUUCACAAAGUAUACCAGUUGGUUAGAACUGUUGCGCCACCACUUAACGAGGACCGCUACAUGAAGCCUGAAAUUGACGCUGUUAUUGAAAUGAUUAGAGAGAACAAGAUCUGGGAAACAGUCUUGCCUCACUUGGAAACUCUUGAGGCUAUGGAAGAGCUUGACCCAGACGCACUUCGUCAAUUUGCGAAGACACCAACCGGAAUCGUUCAGGAUCGCUCGAUAUUAACAAGCACUGAUGAGGAAGAUGAAGAGACGGAAGAGUAA